AUGGCAAAUUUCAACUCUCUGCCUCUUGAGGUCAGGAACAUGAUUUACGGCUACACUCUUGAUCCCACCCACGACAUUUUCACCAACGGUAGCCCAGCACUACUGAAAGUGCACCCACAAAUCACCCGCGAGAUAUGCUCUUACCGCAUCAUCACCACAACCAUACCAAUUUACACAAGCAACGAAGACACCUGGCCACCAGCGCCACAGCAAGGACAUCGCGAAAUGGUUGCUUGA